UCUCUCAUUUACUUCGUCUUCAUCUGCAUCCCUUUUGUUUAUGCAGAAAAAAUGGAAAAAACAAAACAAAACCAAUGAAAGAUUAUAUUAACAACUCUCUGAUUUUAUUAUAAUUAAAGAUUUGGAGUUGUGAAGGAGGUGGUCCAGACCCCUCACCUCACGCCAAAAUUACCCAAUCAUCAAUCUUUAUAAGAAGCUCAUUUUCUUGAACAAAAAAAGAAUAUUAUUAAAUAAAAAAAUCUCCAGUUCUUAUCCCUAUUAACCGCCUCAUAUUAUUUCCUUUCAUAAAUUUAAUCAACCCCACUUGUUUCUUAUCGAUUUAUGUUACAAAGUUCAAAUCUUUAUGUAUUACAAGAUCUGGUUUUGGAUUUGACGAUUAUCAAGAACAUUUUUGGGUUUGAGGAUUGAAAUUUUGUGUUUUUUGAUUUGGUGACUAAAAAGUUCUGGGAAAUGUCGCUUUUGCCAAAAAGCGAUUCGAUUCAUAUUCGAGAAGUUUGGAAUGACAAUCUGGAAGAAGAGUUCGAUUUGAUCCGAGAAAUCGUUGAUGAUUAUCCGUUUAUCGCUAUGGAUACGGAGUUUCCAGGAGUUGUUCUUCGACCUGUUGGGAAUUUUAAGAACAGUAACGAUUAUCAUUACCAAACAUUGAAGGAUAACGUGGAUUUGUUGAAGUUGAUCCAGUUGGGGCUAACGUUUUCUGAUGAAUAUGGGAAUUUGCCUAAGUGUGGAACUGAUAAAUACUGCAUUUGGCAAUUCAAUUUCUGUGAUUUUAACCCAAAUGAGGAUGUUUAUGCUAACGACUCGAUUGAGUUGUUGAGACAGAGUGGCAUUGAUUUCAAGAAGAACAUAGAAAAUGGAAUUGAUGGUAAGAGGUUUGGUGAGCUUUUAAUGUCUUCAGGAAUUGUGCUGAAUGAUAAUGUGUAUUGGGUUACAUUUCAUAGUGGUUAUGAUUUCGGGUACUUGUUGAAGAUCUUGACAUGCCAGGACUUGCCUGAUACUCAGGCAGGUUUCUUCAACCUGAUCAACAUGUAUUUUCCUGUGCUUUAUGAUGUCAAGCAUUUGAUGAAGUUCUGCAACAGCCUUCAUGGUGGAUUGAACAAGCUUGCAGAGCUGUUGGAGGUUGAGAGAGUUGGUGUUUGCCAUCAGGCCGGUUCGGAUAGCUUGCUCACAGCUUGUACUUUUAAGAAGUUGAAAGAGAACUUCUUUAGUGGUUCGAUGGAGAAGUAUGUCGGUGUCUUGUAUGGUCUAGGUGUUGUUGAGAAUGGACAGAGUGUCCAUUGAUGAACAAAAAAGUAAAAAAAUGUGGAAAAAAAAACAAAAACAAAAAAAAGAUAGAUGCUUAGCAUUUGUGUGUGCUUAUGAUGCCGCACUACUCUGUAAACUUCUGAUAAGAAAGUUUGCUCUUCAUUUAUGAUAUGACCCUUCUUUUGUCUAAAUUCAAGUCAUUCUAUUGCUAGGA